AUGUCUAAAAGCAAACUUCACCAUCAAGUUGAUAGUGAUAUUGUCGCAGUGAAAAGCAAAGUAAAUUUUUAAUUUAAUCUCUAUAAGAAAAGAAAGCUUCAUAUAACAAUAUUUAGGUAUUCUUUCUUUCUUCAUUCUAUCUAAAAAUUUGAAUACUUUUUAGUUUGAUGCAGAUAUCCUAAGGUUCUCAAUCAACCGUAAUGAAGCAAUUAAUUAUGAAAAUUUUAGAAAAUUAUUGAGUGAGAGACAUGACAUUGGUUUGGAUUUAAGUUUUCUCAUAUGGUACACAGAUCCUACAGAUGGUGAUUUGUUACCCAUUAACAAUGACAACAAUUUGUCAAGAGCUUUAUUAGCUGCAAAACCUCUGCUUAGAAUUUUUAUUCAAAGAAAGGGUAAGAAUACAGUAUCUUUUUAUACAGAAGAUGGAAUAGAAGAGAUAAAUGGAUAUGGAACAAUGAAACCAAAAAAUUUGAUAUCAAGUAUUCUUGGUGGCACCCCUGGAAAACCAAAAUCAUUGGCUAUAUCUAAUCCACAUGAUUUUAGGCAGGUAUAUAUUAGUGAUAUGAAUAUAAGUUAUUUAAUGUAUCAUUCAAGA